GUAUCACUGUACGAUCGGUCGGCUGGGCAGCGAAAUUCGUUCGGCGCUGCAGCAGGCGUCAAGUCCUCGCCGGUCGUAAACCAUACUUCAUAAUAUUAUAAUAUAUCAUACGCGUGUUCGAAACUAAAUCAUAAUAAUAAUAUAACCCGUCGCCAUUUCGCCGCCGUCCGCGCCCGGGAAAUCGUAUAUAUAUAUAUAUUGUUAUAAUAAUAAUAAUAAUAUAUAAACGAUCUCGUGGUUUGACCGAAAACCGUGGUUCGAAAAUAAACUUAGGCGGACGGCGGCCGACCUCUUGUGCAGCAUCGCUCGCUCCAGCAGCUAUAGAAGAUUAUAGUGACACCCACCCGACAUCGUCUGUUUCCGUUUCCGAUUUAUAUCGAUCGCCGUUGUUUUGUGCCGUCACUCGUAUUGCCACUGCUUCAGGAGGUGCUUCCCCCGCUGGUCGUCUUCUACGUUUUCAGGUGCCAUCGGGCCAGAUUCAGCCAAGAUGACCUCCUGGGAUUCAUAUCUAGCAGUAGCAACAUUUCUGUCAUCACCCGAAGAAUUUAUGGGAUGGUUCGUCGGAUUCGUUUCCCUAUUCAGUACAAACCUCUUAAGACCACUGAGGCUAGCGUUAACAUCAUCUAACAAAAAUGCAACUAAGAACAGUAUGCUGUCGGUCAACGGGCCGAGGGGCACCAGACGAGAGGGCAAGAAGUUCAGACAAUACGCCGCCGCGCUGUCCACCACGAUCGGACCGUUCGCCGUAGGUACGGUGCUGGCGUGGACAUCGCCGGUGCUGCCCAUGCUGCAGUCCGAGAACUCGAGGAUCCCGAUAACGGCCGACGAGGGGUCGUGGGUGGGUUCUCUGAUCGCCAUCGGUGCCAUCAUCGGGUCCAUACCGGCCGGCAAGGGAGCGGACAUAUUCGGCAGGAAGCCCACCAUCGCCGCCCUAGCGGUGCCGUUCAUCAUCAGCUGGGCAAUGAUAUACUUCGCGACCACCGUCUGGGAACUGUACGUGGCCCGUCUGAUUGCCGGAGCCGUCAUCGGCGGAGUCACUGCCACCGUCCCGAUGUACAUCGGCGAGAUAGCCGAGAGCUCCAUCAGAGGUGAACUUGGUUCUUACAUCCAGGUGAAGGUGACGCUAGGCAUAUUGUACGUGUACGCCAUCGGUCCGUUCGUGUCUUACGAGGGGCUGGCCGUCCUGUGCGGAAUCAUACCGGUGAUCAUGUUCGUCCUGGUCCUAUUGGUGGCACCCGAGACGCCCACGUACCUGUUGCGUGCCGGCAGGAGGAAGGAGGCGGAACAUUCGCUGGUUCUGUUGCGCGGGCACGAGUACGACAUCGCAGGUGAGCUAGAGGAGCUACAGCAGCAACUCGAGGAGGAGCAGAAGCGAAGCAGCAAGUUCAAGGAUCUAAUAUCAUCCAGGGCCACGGUCCGCGCGUCAAUCGCCGUCAUGGGACUGCUCAGCUUCCUGUCGUUUUCGGGCAUCAACGUGCUCAUAUUCUACGCCGAGUCCAUAUUCAAGAGCAGCAGCAGCAGCAUAUCUCCACAAGUCAGCUCCAUCAUCAUUGGAGUCCUCCAAGUCAAGUUCACGUUCGCGUCCGCACUGUUGGUGGACAAGGCCGGCCGGCGCGUGCUGUUGCUCAUCUCCGACUCGGUGAUGGCCGUGUGCCUGGGUUGCCUGGGCUACUUCUUCUGGCUACAGGAGCACGAAGUCGAUGUGUCCGCGUUCAGCCUUAUACCGCUGAUCAGCCUUGGCGUGUACAUCAGUACGUUCUCGCUGGGCUUCGGGCCCAUCCCGGGAGUCAUGAUGGGCGAGCUGUUCAGCCCGGACGUCAAGGGCCUGGCGCUGGGCAUCGUGUGCGUAAUCGCGUCACUGCUCGAGUUCGUCGUUGUCAAGAUGUACCAAAACUUGUUGGACUGGUUCGACCACGGAAUCACUUUCUGGAUAUUUGCUGGGUUCUGCGUGCUGGGAACCGUGUUCGUGUGGUUCCUUGUGCCGGAGACCAAGAACAAGACGCUGCAGGAGAUCCAGAACGAGCUCAGCGGCAAGAAGAAGCCGAACAACCGGAAGGACAACCCGAAGGGCAACCGAAAGCAACACAUGAUGGAUUCGCUGACCGGCGACCAGACGCACGCCGCGAUCGUCUGAACACAAAUCAAAAAUAUAAUGCACAACACCGUCGCGCACUCGCACACGCACACACGCAGUAUAAUUUCGUUAUAUACGGCAUGAUUGAUUUUAAUAAUAAUGCACUGUAAAUUGGGUAGGGCGUGUGGGUGUGUGGUGCGUGUGCGCGAUAGAGUUUGAUGAACUGGGCGGGCGGGGUUUUGAGGAAAAACGAUAUUUUUUACAAUUUUUUAACCCCACACUUUUUUUUUAUUUUUAUCAAAAAACUGUUUGAAUAUCAAAUACACGGAAAAAAAACGUUUUCUUGUUUUAAAAAUGCAUUUGUGAUUUAUUAAUUUUUUUUUUGUUUUUUUUUGUUUUUAUUUUCGAAUCAAGCGACUCGUUUUGCCAAUAUGUUCUUCACAUAUUGAGAAUAUUAUAUACACUGUUAUAUAUGUUUUUGGGUAUUUAUAUAUAUAUACAUACAUAUAUAUAUAUAGGUACCUACCUAUGUAUUUGAUUUUUUUUUAUUCAUCGUAACAUUUACACUGUCUGUUGAUAUAACAUAAUAAUAAUAUAUUGCAUUCCAUUGUCGACUACCGAAAGGACGCCAGUACCCCAUUAAAAAAAAAAAUAUGUAUAAUAUAGUAUAUUAUAAUAUUCACUCGAACGAGAGUUUUGGGAGUCUUAAUUUUCCGACACUUUUACACGCAAAUCAUAUAAUUCAUUUAUUUUCAAACGUUGUUGUUUUAUUCCAAUAAAUUGUUUUCUACCGAAACGAACGCGAUUUGUUUAUAAUUGGCGGUGCUUGGCCUUAAGCCACGUAGUUUAGUUAAAAUAGACCAUCGUUGUAUGUAUUUGGUAUAGGUACGUGUAAGACACGCGUUACUCUAAGCAACACAAUACGUUUCCAGUUCUGUUUAUAUAUAUAUAUUAUGAUAAAAGAUUUCGCUCAAGUUUUCGUGUCCGGUCAGUGGUUGUAGUAUAGAAUCUCACGAGACGCGCAUGUAACAAUAAUAACGAUUGAAAUUUAAAGUAUAGAAUGUCCUGGGGGAUUUCUCGGGUUUUUCUCUUUCCAUCAGACGAACGAUUUAAAAUCAGUUUUUUUUUAACGCAGACAAUAAAAUAGAUGAAUAUAAUAUAUUACGUUUUGAUAUAAUUCCUAUUUUCAAACUACCCCGCACAAUAUAUACCGUUCUCACUCGUUUUAGAGUACUAAAUACCUUCGAACAUAUAUUGUGCUUCAUUAUUUAAAUAUAAUAUUUAAAUUAUAUAAAAAAAUUAUAUCAUAAAUAUAUAUUAAACGUAAAGUGGAUUUGUGAUUUUUAUAUAUAUAUAUAUAUUAAAAACCGGCUGAUUGCAGGUAGUCUUAGUAUCUAAAAAAAAAGUCUAAAUGCAGUUAUAUAGAGUUUGCUCAAACAAAAUAUUGAAAUAUUAAAUAUUUAUUUUUAUACAUAUAUAAUAUUGUUUUAUUUUAUAUUAGGUAAUUAGGUAUGUCGUAAUAUUACAAUGUCAAUUCAAAGCACAUAUUAUUAUAAAUUUUCGUUACAAUUUUUAUAUUACAAAUGUAUUCCUUAUAUCACACACACAUAAAAAUAAAAAUUCACUCGUUCAUCAUAUGAAUAUUAUUAUUACUAAUUUCGUUUAGAUUAUAGGAUCAUUUUUAACAUAUUAUAUGAUAUUAUAGGUUUUAUAUAAUAUUAAUUUAACCGUACGAUCCCGACGACUCCGCCGUUCAUUCACGCGGUCUUCCUAAGAUUAUAACUGUGAAUUAUUAUAUUAUUAUUAUAGUAGGUACCUACCAUUUUAGUGACAUGCGCUACGUUCAAAUUAUCGACUUUUAAAUAAUGUAUAAUAAUAUUAUAAUUGUUAUAUAGUGUACGAUUCAAAUUACAUUAUAAUAUUUACGCAUCAUAUUUCACGUUGCAUAUCGCGGUCAUAUUAAUUUUAUGUUGAUGAUUAUGUUUUUUUUUCAAAAAGAUUUAACAUUUAAAUGGCGGCGAUGUAAAACAUUAUUAUUAUAAUAAUAUGUUGUCAACGCGUUGCUCAAGUCGCGCGCACCUAUGCCGCGGUUCAUCGAUAGCGCGCAGCCGACGUGCAACUGGCCAUUUAUUAUUUUUAUUAUUGUUAGUAAUUAUUAUAAUAAUACAUAUUAUAUGACAAUUGGUCGAUUAUCAUAAUUUACCGUACCAUAUUAUGUUGUACACGUAUUUAAUAAUAUGUAUAAUGUAUUGUAACAUGUCUAUAGUCUUUAAGGUAUUUAUCAUUUGUAAAUAUUUAGUUAUUAAUUAGGUAUAUUAUUAUAAUAACAAAACGCGUAGCAUAUUAGUUUUAAGUAGACAACAAAUUAUUUACAUACAGUUAUUAUAAUUAAUAUUAGCGUAUUUCAGACAAGACAUCAAUGUAGAUUAUUAUAAUAUAGUUAUAUUUUAAUAGUAAUAUCAUUAAAAUAUUUUUUGAUAUAAAAAUUA